UAUAGAUGAGUAAUAAUGUUUGUACGUCUGUGCCUUAUCUUUAUUGUUACGAAUUGUUUAUAUACACACGGCAAUGCUUCCAAAAUUCUGUGCGUCUUUAACAUGGCUUCCCCUAGUCACUACAUUCUAGGAAGUGCUUACGCCAAAGCAUUGGCAGAAAAAGGACACGAUGUUACGGUUGUGAGCCCUUUUGAAGAAAAAAAUCCACCCAAAAAUGGCACUUUAAGAAGUAUUGUGUUAACUGGAUUUAAGGAAGACCAUGAAAAAUUAUUGGAAGAAGCAGAUCAUUUUAAUAAUGACAAGCCUACUUUUGCCAAGGUCGCACUCAUUUUAUCAAAAAUAGUGCAUAUGACAGAGAAAACACUGCAACAUCCAAAUUUUCAAGAGUUGAUUAACUCAGAUGAAAAGUUUGAUGUAGUUGUAAUAGAACAAUUUUUUAAUGAUGCACUUAAAGGUUUAGCGUCACAUUUCGACGCACCAUUAAUAUUAUUUAAUUCGGUUGGAGCCAAUAAUUUUGUUAAUCCUUUGGUUGGAAACCCUUCACCGCCAUCCUAUAUUCCGGAUAUGAUGCAAGAUUUUUCUUCAAAUAUGUCAUUUUUCCAAAGAGUGAAGAAUACUUUAUCCAUUCAAGCCUUAUCGUUGGUAAACUAUUUUUAUAUAUAUCCCGCCCACGGAAAGUUAAUGAAAAAAUACAUCCCGAGAGCCUCAGAUUAUACUGAGGUCAUAUACAAUGCAUCACUAGUUUUUCUUAACUCCGAUCCAAGUAUAAACAUGGCGGUUCCCAAGGUUCCAUGCAUGAUAGAUAUUGGAGGUUUACAUGUUCAGCAACCAAAACAACUGCCUGCGGAUUUAAAGGCUUUUUUGGAUGGCGCUAAAGAGGGAGUAAUUUAUUUCAGUAUGGGUUCUAAUCUUCGAAGCAAAAAUUUGCCUAUAGAAAAAAGACAAUCUUUAUUAAACGUAUUUUCUAAACUGAAGCUUAAAAUUCUUUGGAAAUGGGAAGAUGACGUUUUACCCGGUCAACCAAAAAAUGUUAAAUUAAACAAGUGGUUGCCUCAACCAGAUGUUCUAGCACAUCCAAAUGUAAAACUUUUCAUAACACAUGGAGGUUAUCUGAGUACCACUGAAGCUAUCUAUCAUGGAAAACCAGUUCUGGCUAUACCAGUGUUUGCGGAUCAGUUUUUGAAUUCAAAAAAUUUAGAGUUACAAGGCUAUGGUAAACAUAUUCCGUUUAUAGAUCUAAAUGAGGAAAAUUUAUCAAGAGUGCUUGAUGAGUUACUUAACAAUCCUGAAUACGCUAGGCAUGCGCAAAGGGGCUCUAAAAUUAUGCGUGACAAAAUAGUUAAUCCCAAAGAUGCUGCUGUGUAUUGGACAGAAUAUGUGAUACGUCAUCAAGGAGCGUCUCAUUUGAAAGUUGCUGGAGUAAAUUUGCCGCUAUAUAAAUAUCUUUUACUAGAUGUUUAUUUAUUUUUGACUGUUGUUGUCCUAUCUGUGAUAUAUUUGCUAAUACUACUAAAAAGAAUUUGUAGGAGAUUACUACAAAGAAAAAGUAAAAAAGAUUAACUAUAAGUAUUAAUUUUGUAUGAGAUUUUUGUUUGUACAAUUUAAAAAUAAAUUAAUUUAUUAUUAC